AUGUGUGAUAUUUUCGAUGUAGUUGAGGAAGUAGUGCUCACUGCAAACAAAGACUUAGCAUCUUGUAGUGUUGGGUUCAUUGAGCGGUAUGAUAAGAAAGUUGUGGUCAUAUGCAAGACGCUUUUCCUUUUUGACUGUGAUUUCAAACAAAUCGAUUCGUACGAACAUGAUUGCAACAUUUUGAAGGUGUGUUCGCCGUCAAAUGUUGUGUUCCUUUUCUUUCUAGAUGAGCAAGGUUUAUUAAACGUUUAUCUUCCUGAAAGACACGAACUUGCAUUCUCCUUGACUCACUUAGGAAAAAUUUAUGACUUGCAACUGGUGGCAACGUCAUCAGUUAGUUUUGAUCUUUUCCUUAGAUCCGAGGAUUCGUUGUUGUUAUGGAGAGAUAUUAACUCUGUACAACUGCAUUCAGAACUUGUUGAACGGAACUUUGACGGACUUAAAGCCCGUUUCAGAUUCACUGAAAGUGUAGUUGUAACAGGAAAAAUGUUCUUUUGUUGCCAUCUCGAUCCUACAGUAGUUUGGAAUCUUCAACUGAAAACUCCGGGCUUUGUUACAACCUGUGUAAAGGACUCUGGUCAAUUCAUUGUUCAAAAUCUCUUCGAUCCAUUCUCAGCCAUUGAUGAGUGUGUAUCUUUUCAAAAAGUUUCAUUAAUUUGUGACACAAUUUAUUGUUUGGCACUUUCCUACUCGGGUCAAUUAUUCUUGUUUAAUAUAUUCGCGAGUGUAUGCUUAGGUUGCCUCAAUCAGUUUCCCAAAGUUCAUGACUUUUAUAUUUGUCCAACAAUCAAUGAAAAUACAUCCGUUGCAACUGCUGAAUGUCCGGGCUUUCAUGAAAUAACGAUUGCUAUUUUAAGAGAUCUCGAGGAAAAUGAUCGACCCCCGCCUUCUGGUCUCACCAAACUGCUUGAACUUAUCUUGUUCCCCAGCUAUCAAGUUAUAUACCAAAUACACAUCAGCAAUGAUUCAUGGCUACUUUCUGAUUAUGAUGUAGGCAACUGUAAAGCCAUUUCUUCUGAUCCCAAAGUACUGUAUGCGGAGUUGUUAUCUAAAAGUCCCAAUGAGGUGACUGAAAACUUCUUUUUUUCUAUCAAGGCAUUAAGGGAAACUAAUCCUAAAGAGAGAUUAUCGCAUCUCUUAAAAUCUAAAAAUUUUGAAGAAGCAAGGUUACUUGUUAAAACGUUCAAUCUUGACUCUGAAGAUUUUCAAUUGGUAUUAAUAACCGAAUUGGAAUUUCUAGUGGACGCCAUUCAUAGGCAAGAUCAAGAUAACAAUCUCCUUUAUCCCAGACUUCUUACAUGUUUGCAACAAACUAAGAAGUUAUGGAAAAAUUUAAAGGUCGUUGCGUCGAUUUUGCAAAUCACUAUGAUAAAUUCAGAUGAUCAGUUAAAAUUACUUUUAAUUAUCAAAGAAAAGCUAAUCAUGGAUAAUCCUGAAGAUAUUUCUACUGCUCAUGAGGACAUGGGAACGAAAGUACUUAAUUUACUGAAACGUUUAAAGGCAUUUUUAAUGAUUUAUGGUUCUGAUAGUUAUACCCCAGAAAAUUGGAUUGAAUUUCGCGAUGCAAAUGUUUAUUCUAUAUUUGCUCGUCUCUUUCUUUCUAAUUCACCAUCUUCUGAAGAUAAAGCAUCUGAUCCAAGUCAAGCAUUUUUAUUUUGGAUUCUGUAUAAAGGUGAAUUAUCACAGUUUUUAACAUGGGAUGCCCUAGAGCUUUUGUUUAACUUGCUAUCCAAACGACCUCUAACCUGUAUUGUAUCUGAAUACUCUUGUGAUGAUAACGUGGGUUUGCCGUGUCGAUCAAAGGAAUUAGAACUUUUGGAGUCUGAAGAGGCUAUUCAAAAGUGGAUACGUAAUGAAUUACUUCCUGUUGUUAUCAGACAAUUACCAGAAACUUUACCCAUCUUAGCUAAAUAUUUAAUUCAACGCGUUAAAGAACUGGAAGCUUGUUCAUUCACUUCAAAUUCUAAUGUUCAUAUACAAGAGAACAAAAUUAAAUGUCCUUUUUCGUGGCCUUCUACAGCGAUUUCAUGGAUUAAUAAAUUUUUAGAAUCUGUAAAUAUUUCAGAAUCAAACAAUGAAGAAUAUUAUCUUAAUAUUGGCAGUGUAGCUGAUUUAUACCUUUCUGGUAUAGCUAGUCGUAAUCCUGAUGUUGAUCCAUUUUUUGAAUUGAGAAAAUUAGCAAAACAGUUGGAUACUAUUAAACUUUUGCGAGACGUUUACAAUUGUCAAUUGUCCAUAGACUGUUGUGAAGGUGAAACCGAAUUGUCUAUUGCUUAUCGUAUCCUCGAUGUUGCAUUUAAUCUCGGUACACGUUUUGACAAUGGUGUAGAUAAACUAACAGCACGAUAUUUGAAGGAUCGUAACAUUGAUUGCCAAACAUUCUUCCAAGGUUACUCGUGUGAUCUAAUCAGUCGAAUUCGAACGGCUAUCCAUUCAUCUAUUUUAGAUGAUGAUUGUCCUACAGAGUGGCUUAAAUCUUCUAAAUGUAAACAAUCACACAAGAACACUAACCUAAACCAAGAUCCCCAUGUUCUUGCUCAACGAGCUUGUUUGGUCGCUAGCUGGAUAACAGUACCUUCAUGUCGAAUGAAAGUAGCAUUUGAUUUGGCUUCAGUUGCUCCCCUACCGUGGUCUGAUGAUCUAAUUGCACUAAUUGAGAGUAUUCUUGGUCAGGCUCGCAUUCCAGGUUCCUGUUCACAAUAUGUUGAUGGAUUAACUCACAAAAUGAACAAGUUGGAGCGCCUUUGCAACAUUGCCCGCCUUCAUGAAAUAUUUACUAGGUAUGAACUAAAAGAGUUCAAUCUCAGUGAUGUUGGUUACAAUAAUUCCUUAUGGCUUGCUGAUCAAGCUAUUUCUCGUAUUUUACGAUCUAAUGAAGGUCCUUUCGGGACAAAUACACCUUUUAUUACUCCACAACUAACUCGAAGUGAUCCCGUGUAUCGUGAUGCUACAAUUGUAGCUCAAAAAUUACUUGAUCAGUUACAAUGGCCUCUGUUAUUUGCACAAUUAUACACGGAAUUAGCACUUUUCAAAGUUAUCCAAUCAAAAGAAUUAGAGAUCACUAGUUUUCCAGAUGAUUAUGAUAGUCGUAUUUCGUUUUUCAUUAUUCAUUUGAAUUUCAUUGCAAAUGAAACAUUAUAUGAAUUUUUCAACCGAUCUGGUAAACUAGAAGAAACACAUACAUUACAGUUUACAUUUAUAAAAGAUUGGUUGAUUCGUUUAACUUUUCGUUCGAUGAAACAGCUAUUUCAACAUGGAGAUGUUCUUAUUCCACUUCAGCGUUCCUUGAUUGUUGAUCUCGGGUUAUCGUUGGCUAGCAUGAAAACUACUUUAAACUCUAAUGAAAAUGUCAAGAAUUGUACACAAAUGAGUUGGCGUCAUCUAAUGCAGUUUACCAAAUUGUAUAUAACUUCACCUUCAGAUGAAAAUAACUCGACUAAACCAGAAAUGUCAAUUCUUCUAGAACUUUUUUCUAAUGAGAAAUGUGUAUUUGGUUUAUUAACUGAUCGAUUAUGUAUAAUAAGGCGUCUAACAAAACUCUACAUAGAACAGGUGUAUUCUUCUAAUGAAUCUAUGGAAAUUGAUAAAUUAUUUGAUAUCCCUGUAAAAUUACGUUCUAGCUAUCAUUUUUUACUACCAGAUCUUCCUCAUGGAAUACGAGAAGAACUUAUAACUUGGCAAUGGUUUUCAACAUUAUGUUCUUCUAUUUGUUCUUCAUAUGAAUCAUGUUCGCAAUCAAAUUUAACAAAUGAUCAUAGUUCAUUCAUAACAAAAGCAUUCCAGAUUCAAACGCUGUUAGUUAAAAUGACAGAAAUAUUGAUGAAUAUUCAUCAAACACGUUUGCAUAAUCCUGUCAGGAAAAUGAAAAAUGAAUUAGUCAAAAUUUCCUCAACAUAUGGUUAUUUAGUGCCAAUUUGCUGUUAUUGUCGUUGUAUUUGGAAUCGACCACUUGCACGUUUAGGUUGUAUCAUUGAACUCUAUGUGUUGCAUGUAUUUCCAUUUUCAAUGAGAGUUGUAAAAUCAAUACAACUUGAUGAAACAAGCAUUCAUAAAGCAAUUGUUAACAUUAUUCCUUCAAUUUUAUCUACUUUUUCAUCCUUACUAUUAUGGGCUGGUGGACAAGAUCAUUCGAGUCCUGUGGUUGAACAAAAGUGUAUUUGCCGUAUGUUUGCUUUAACAAAUGAAUUUCAAGCGCUUCGUCUAGUUGUUUAUGCAUUCACUAAUGUUUUCAACCAAAUCAAUCGUGCAUACCAACCAUCAAAAUUGUAUGAUAAUGAUCUUCUAGAAUGCGUGUUUUAUACUUCUUUGUAUCAUGAACAAACUACCACGGAUAUAGUUCAUUCGAAAUUACAAUCGAGUCACUUUACUGAUUCUUUGCAAUACCUUAAAAAUUUAUUGGAAUGGUUUACACAUCAUUAUUCACAUGAUGAUAGUAACAAAAGUGAUGACAUUACUGGGAACAAAGAAGAACAAAAAGCUACAAGAACCAAUAACACAGAUAUUCUUCAUCGAAUUUUAGAAGAAGGUAUGAAAAUAGCUUCAAGUUGGUCUUCAGAAUUUGGCUUGCGCCUAAUUGGAUCACAUACCCUUCUAAUUGGUAUCGUGAAUUUGAUUAGAUCGAGUGUAACUCGAAACAUUUGGUCCGAUUCUUUUAUUUUCGACUUAGAAAUUCAAGAACUCAAUAAUGAUGCAGUUAAUAAUUGUUUCAAUCUAUGUAAUAAGUGCUUAUCUUCCAGUUUGAAUUCAAUACUAAAUCCAUCAGAGGGAAAGUAUUUGGAUCAACCAUUAGCCUUAUCUUUAGCUCUUGCUUUGCCUAUUGAAGAAGCGACAAAUGUAGUUCGUAAUUUUGUCGCGCACAACAAGCAUGCUCCGAAAAAAAUUAUGGCUGUAGCGAACAUUAUCUUUAUGUUCUCUCAAAUAACGUGUAAACGUGACAUAAACCUAUUGGAAUUGAGUCAAACAAUGGGUAAAAUGUGGAGUUGGCAUAUUGUCUUGAAACCGUAUAAACUAAACUUUAGUCGUAUAAUUACACAUGGAAUGGAUCACUCAUCAUUACAACAUAUACUUGACAAGUUAUGCCGAAUGGUACCAUCGCUCAAAGAACAAAGUGUCUACCUUGUACCCAGUGACCUUCGAAGUAGUGAAUCCAUGUCAAAAAGAUUGGACACGACUGAACGAUCUUUACCGUCAAUUAGAUUGAUUGCCAGAUUUUCCAAAGAUUUCAAUAUACCAUUAAGACCUUAUCUAAUUAAACAUUUAAAUUUUUUAUUUAAACCACAUAAUAGUUGUGCUGAUUCUGCUUUAGGCGAAGAAGGGGAUUUCUCAUUCUCAGGACUUAGUAAUAAUGAAAAUAUGUUUUUACCAACAUCUCAAAAUGUAAUCAACGGAUCUGAAGGGAAUUGUUUCAUCCGUUAUCAGAAAAUUUGCUUGUCUCGCGCUCAUACAAUACUUAAAUUAUUAUUCAGAUCAGGUAAACAAUCUGAUAAUCCACAACACUCAUUGAAUGAAUUGGCUAAUUUACUCCAAUCGUUUUAUGCCAGUACAUCACCUUAUGAUUACGAGCGUUUGAGCUUUUUAUUCUCAUGGAUUCGUACUUGUUGCUCAACGAUGAUCACAAAUAAACAACUUCAAUUACUCAACUUUCUACGUACUUACAAACGAUCUCAUCCUCCUAGAGAUUUUGAACUAGAACGUGUUUCUGCUACUAUCGGAAAUGAAACAAUUAUUUUUUCUAAAAGUGAAGGACAUCAUCACUUAAGCAAUGUAAGAAUGCCAUAUCAUCAAUUGCUGAGUGAUUCAUUACCAAUUAAAAUUAUAGGACCAGAAAUUACUGUGUCUAAUGUAAACUUUUGGCUUCGUGUAAAUCAGAGCAUGGAGUGGAACUCAUCGGAUUUGAUCAAAAUUACUGCUGCACAAAAUUUAGCCAAUCAAUACACUACUGUUGGACUUUUGCCUAUGGCUACUUCAAAUUACGCAACUGAAGAGUUGUCAGUUCCACGAUCGGUUGGCUGGGAUAGAGCAUUACCUUGUCAAAUUCUCAUUGAACCUCUUUUUAAUCAACUUAAUAGUAUUUUAGAAUCUGUGAAAUCAACACUUAACGUCUACUCAUUAUUAGCUGGUCUUGCACGUCGAGUUAUUUAUGGGCCACAUCGAUUAUUAAUAUUAAAAUUAGCUCGGGAUCUAGCCAAAACCUACCUGUUUAGAGCUGACAAUGAAGCACGUUUUGCGUAUGCUCAAAAUAAAUUGUCGUGUUCAGAUCUUAAAACAUGCUCUAACGAUGAGUCACUGGACUUUGAUUCAAAUGAAGAUCCAAAGGAAGUGAAAGAAAAUAUUCGGUUGGCUCGACUUGCUUUGGAAAAAGCUGAGACAAGUCAUAAACAAUUCGCAAUUGAAGGUUGCCUUUAUGAGCACCAUCUAGCCGAUUGGGAGGAAGUAAACAAGCAUUUCAAUAGUCCAUUUGAGCUGAUAUUGAAUUUACUGCAUAAAGCGGCAUCGGAACUACAACCAUCAGUGACUUGGAACUGUAGAUCAAGACUACCUAUAUCCGAAUUAUUUUUAAGACGACGAGUAAUAAAAGCUUUGCCCCAUAUCGCAGAAUUAGCUCAUAUAAAUCUUUUGGAUGUAACCAAACAUAUCAUGGUCAAUCGAUUAAAACUUCCGUCUUGUAUAUUUAUGAACGGGGAUCUAAACGAAAGUUCCAUAACAAAUCGUAGCUUAUUAUUAGAUAUGACUACCGAGUGUGGUGAAUUUUCUCCAAACGAUAUCAGCUUUAAUGCUACCAUGUGUCAGCCACAAUUCAACAAUGUCAAAAUACUCGAAAAUCAAGAAUCUAACCAGUCAGAACCUAAACAGGAAGAUUUCAUGUUAGUGGAGCUUCUUCUUCAGCAGAUAGAAUUAAAACAGGAAUUUCUCCCUAUUCUCGAAUUCUUUGUCUUCAAUGGCACUCCAGACCAGUAUGUUUCGGCAAGAUGGCGUGCUGCUCGUUGUAUCUUACGUUGUCAGUGUGGUCUUAUACUACGGCCUAAACUAUCACUUAGUGAACUGCGCUCUACGUUACUACGUCUGUCCACACUGGCUUCUUGUCCCACUCCUGCAUCUCAACAGUUAGUAUUUGACGCAUCUUUCUCAUGCACCUCUUCGCGAGGUGACACCUUUGAUUCACUUUGUUGUGCACGUCUUAUAAAUAGUAUUAAACAACUCAUAGUUUCUUCUUCAAACUCCUUACAGACUAUUCACCUCGCUUCUCGUUUGGUACUUGAUUAUGAAAUUUUGUCUCCUCCUAUUUUGACACAACUGUUUGAAUUUAUUAACUAUCAUAGUGAAAAUGAGUCUCUUGAUUAUGCCUUAUUUUUACUCAUCUUCAUUCAAUCAUCUGGUAACGUAAAUGAAAGUAUGAAAUGGUUUUUUUCAAACCCUGUCAAACAAGGCUGCAUGCUUCACUGUGUUCUGUCUUCUCUUGUUGAUCGGAUAUCAUUGAAGUUAUUAAGUCCUAAACAGUCUGUUUCAAGGAAGGUGGAAAACUUUCUUAGUAAAUUAGCUUGCUUCCUAAUUUCAUGGCCAUUCCCAGACACGGAGAUUGAAGCUAUUUUCUCUGAACUGAGUAAAUCAGUUAUUCCCAUGUUUUCAAAGGAAACAGUUGGAUCUAAUGUCUCGCUUCAACAAAUACCAGUUAUUAUUGGUGGUUUUCUACAUUUACUUGCAGUGAGUUGUUCAAGCAAGCAUAUGGCAAUGCAGUUAAAUACAUGGUUUAAUCUAAUAAAUGGGGAUGAAAGAAAACAGAAUGCGGUCAGUUUGGUUCAUGAUGCUGUACAAGCCAGCGAAAUUUGUCUGACAUCGAGAUUUCUUAGCAUUUUGUAG